AUUGCUGCUUCCAUUUGUUGUGAUCUUGCAUUUAUUUUCAUUUAAUACAGACAUGAGAUGUCCUACCAGUCCCCAUUUUCCUUCCACCUUCCUCCCACCUCUCCUUUUAUAGCUUCCCCAACCCUUCUAUUCCAUCUGAUCACCAUUAAUACCAGUAUACCACAACAUAAAGGAACCUAACAGCUUGAAAUAUCCAAAGAAACUCAUUGAAAAAACCCUAAAUCUCUCAUAGUUUGUUCAAGAAAAAAUGAAGCUGAUACCUUCGAUUUUCAAGAACAAAGAAGCAAAUAAGCAGACAUGGGAAUGGCCCUCAUGCAAGCAACCAAAAACUCUUUCUUUUAGAGCUGGAGACGACAUUUUCAAGACGGUUAACUCGGUUUUUUUGGACCCCUCUAAUGGGGUUGAAACACCAGAGUCUUGGUUCACGAAUUCCUCGGAAUGUGCUAGCUUUUCAACUGAAUCAGAGGAGAAUUCAGGAGGGGAUCUAUCAGUGGAGACGAUUAUUCGAGGGGUGAGAUCAGAAAGCAGUAGGCUGUUGUUCAAGCCUGCGGGAGACACAAGUUCAAUCUUAGACGAGGCGAAAACGACGAAUAAAGAAGUUUUGCCAUUCAAAGAAAGUGUUGUCCUUGCAAUGGAAUCAGAUGACCCCUACUUGGAUUUUAAGAAAUCCAUGCAAGAAAUGGUGGACACUCAUGGAUUGAAGGACUGGGAAUGCUUAGAGGAAUUGUUGAAAUGGUAUUUAAGGAUGAAUGGGGAGAUGAAUCAUAGAUUCAUAGUUGGAGCUUUUGUGGAUUUGCUCAUUGAAAUUGCUUCUUCUUCUUCUGAUUCAACGUCGUAUUCUUCUGCUGCUUCUGAUUUUUCUUCUCCUUCUUCUCCUCUGUCUCCAGCACUAGGUCAAAUGGCAAUUCAUGAGGAAGAUGAUACCAUCAAUGUACAAACUUAGCUUAUAAUAUAUUUUAUUUUCUGUAUACUAUACUAGGUUUAAACAUGUUACUGGACAUGGAAAACGAAGAUUUUUGGUC